AUGAAGUUCCUCGCUGCUUUGUCCCUCUUCUCCCUGGCUUCGGCCUUUCCCCUGGAGAAGCGCCAAUCCGAUGAUGCGCCGUUCACUCUGAACCUCCGCUGGUCCAAUAGCCCUCUUAGCGGUCCCAUCAAUGCCAACGGUAAUCAAUUCUGGCAUGGCAAGGAUACCGCAACUUUCUGCCCCGAGAACAUCCCCGGCUGCAAGACAGUCAACACGACCUCAUUUGUCGGACGUAAUGGCCAGCUGUUCCUCAACACCGGAGUCCCCGGUGGCCAGCAGGUCUACGUCUCCCCCACUGGCCUGCUCACCUACACCGUUCCGCAUAGCGCAAACAUCCCCGAGGGUUCACUGACGGAUCUCGAAGUGUUCUCCACAAACAACUUUAUCAACCCGUUCUUGACCUUCCACCUCUGCAGUGUGGACCCAGAGGACACCCAGUGGCAUAUCGUUCUGGAGUACACUAAUGCCACGACUGGAUCGAUCAUCAACAGUGGCUACACGGAGAACAAUGCUUGCACGCGGAUCUCUCUCGAAGCUGUUCCCUACCAGGGUGACACUGCUUGGGAGUACUCAUAG